AGCAUCUGCACGGCCCAUAUUUGGCUUCUUCUCCACAUCCAUAUCCCAUCCUCGUUUUACUUCUAAUGUCGCCCAUGUAGUGAGUCGUGGCAGCCGCCUCUGCUUUCUACUAAGCAACGCUUUCAAGCAAAGAGAAGGCGAGCUUUGUCAUACCGCUGUCAACAACUGCACGAUUGCGAUCUGGAUUCGGCGCAGUUCUCACCAAGUCCUACUAUAGGCAAGCCCUUGGACCAUGGCCUACUAUAUCCUGUUCUUUCUGACCUUCACUGUUAUCAUUGGCGGCACAGCACUCUACCUUACGCGCUCUCGAUGGCUACCCUUGAUCCCCGUGCCCGAAUAUAUCUACUAUCGCCUUCCUUCUAGUUUUGCCGGCGAUGUCGAAACUGGCUUGACAUCUACGCAGUUUGAUCUUGCUGCGAACAUUGCGGAUGGAGAUAAUCGAGCUGGAUUAGACAGCCUUGCCAAACGCGACAUUCGGAGGAUCAUGCACCGGCAGAAAGUCGAUUUUGAUGAAGCUCGUCGCAUUUACACGGAGCAACGGUUUGCCAGAAACAAUAUCGGCCCGGAUGGUCGGCCCAGAGAUCCCAAAUUUGUUUCCUUUUCUUAACCACGUUCUCUACAAGCUGAAUCUCUCGUGCUCACUGUAGCGCUUACCACUGCUUGUUUUGUGUGCACAGCAUAUAGGUAUAUUGUAAUACUUUAUCAUACAUGGCACUUUAUUCGGGAAAUCGCUGAAAUGGUAUUUGUUGUACAGUCCGCUAUAUGGGGUUCGCUGCAAGGCCUGGUAGAAUCGCCGGAUUCUGUAGCCAUCACCAUCAAU